AAACAAACUUAACAAACUUAUAUAUUUUUUUUUCUUUUUAUAUUCUAUUUUAAUUUAUUUAUUACUUCUGAAGUUCUGAGGGAAGUAUCAUUUCCUACUAAAACCUGCAUUCGAGUUAAAGAAUUCUCCAAUGGCGGCACACCAAAACUAUCAAUUUAUCACUUAAAUUCUUCAUUUAUUAAACCUUAAAUUUGGAAAAGAAAUUAGGUAUUAAUUAAUUUGAUUGAUAAUUGUAUGAGCAUAAUUAAUUUUGUAUAAAUUAGAUAAGAUGGAUUAUGCAGGAAAUUGGUUUAAAUGUUUGAUUAGAAGAAAACAAGUUGAUUCUGUUCAUCACAAUUCUUCUUCUUCUACAAGUGGCCAACCAACGCUUGCUAGAGCCUUAUCUGUUCCUCAUAUCACCGCCAUUGGAAUUGGCACAACCAUAGGAGCUGGAGUUUAUAUACUUAUUGGUACAGUUGCCAGAGAGAAUACUGGACCAGCCCUGACUCUAUCCUUUCUAUUUGCUGGUAUAGCUGCUGCACUCUCUGCAUUUUGUUAUGCAGAGCUCGCCAGUCGGUGUCCUUCUGCUGGCAGCGCCUAUCAUUACUCUUAUGUAUGUGUUGGAGAAGGGGUUGCAUGGUUGAUUGGCUGGGCUUUGAUGCUAGAGUAUACAAUUGGGGGAGCUGCAAUCGCCCGUGGCAUAUCUCCAAAUCUGGUCUUGCUCCUUGGCAGCAGUGAUAGGCUACCUUCUUAUCUGAGUCGUCAAUAUAUUCUUGCUCUUGAUGUUGUUGUUGACCCUUGUGCAGCAAUUCUCAUAAUUAUUGCCACCGUGCUGUUGUGUUUUGGUAUUAAAGAGAGUGCAUUUGCACAAGCUGUUGUGACAUCGGCAAAUGUCUGUGCUAUGCUUUUUAUUAUAAUUGCUGGGGGAUACUUAGGUUUCAAAACUGGAUGGGUUGGCUAUGACCUCCCCAAAGGGUACUUUCCUUUUGGCAUAAAUGGAGUGCUUUCUGGCUCUGCCACUGUAUUCUUCUCUUAUAUUGGUUUUGAUGCUGUUGCUAGUGCUGCUGAGGAGGUGAAGAAUCCAAAGCGAGAUCUACCGUUGGGUAUAGCCUUUUCAUUGUUAAUAUGCUGUGCAUUGUACAUGCUGGUUUCUGUCGUUGUUGUUGGUCUGAUACCAUAUUAUGAACUUGACCCGGACACUCCUAUUUCCUCUGCGUUUUCUAGUCAAGGGAUGCAAUGGGCAGCGUAUAUAAUCACGAUUGGAGCAUCAACAGCUCUCUUUGCGUCUCUGUUGGGUUCAUUUCUUCCACAGCCUCGAGUCCUCAUGGCGAUGGCUAGAGAUGGCUUACUACCCUCAUUUUUCUCAGACAUUAAUCCACAUACACAAGUUCCUGUGAAGGGUACAAUUGUAACUGGAGCGUUUGCUGCAAUAUUGGCAUUCUUCAUGGAUGUUUCGCAGCUGGCAGGAAUGGUUAGUGUAGGUACUCUUUUGUCUUUCACUAUUGUUGCCAUAUCUAUACUUAUAGUCAGAUAUGUUCCCCCCGAUGAGGUGCCACUUCCAUCAUCGCUUCUGGAGUCAACAUGUGUGGCUUCAUGGGAUUACAGUGCUAUCGUUGACGAGUUUGAUGGGGAAAGUACAGAAAAGCAAGUUGGCACCUCCAACAAUGAAAUUCAACCGCUACAUCACCAUGGGAACUUAACAGCUGGACAUCCUCUGAUUUUGAAGCAGUUAGCUGAAUGCAGUAAGGAGAAACAAUCGUAUUCCAGAGAAAAAGAAAAGGAUAAAGACUCAUUUAGUCAAUAUAUUUCACAUGCACAUGAUGAGAAGAGGCGGAGAAUUGCUGGUUGGGCCAUAAUGCUUACAUGUCUGGGGGCAUUUUUCCUCACAAUUGCAGCUUCAUACGUGGGGCUUACCAGUAUACCCUGCUUCACAUUAUUUGUGGUGGGUUUUGCACUUCUUAUAUCCAGUUUGAUAGUUCUCUCAUGUAUUAAUCAAGAUGACGCAAGGCACAGCUUUGGUCACGCAGGAGGUUUCUUCUGUCCAUUGAUCCCUGUGCUACCUGUUGCUUCCAUUCUCAUCAAUAUGUAUUUGCUGGUGAAUCUUGGGGCUGCCACUUGGGUUCGAGUGCUUGUAUGGAUGACAAUUGGAGUGCUUAUUUAUGCAUUAUAUGGGAGGACUCGUAGUGAGCUACGGGAUGCAGUCUAUGUGCCUGCAGCGCAUGCAGAUAAGAUCUUUCGUGGUUUGAGCAGUCAUGCCUAGGCAAUUAUACAAUAUUAAUUGAAUGCAGGAUCUAAUGCAUAUGAAAGUAGUUCUAUACACAAAUAUUACAUGGUUUGUUGUUAUUAAGUAGAUGUUCGCAAUGUAUAUACUGGUAUAUGAUUUUGUUUGUAGCUGUUAAAUUCAUGUGUUGUCUGGGUUGCAAGUAUCACAUGGGUUUGUAAAAUUUUGUGCCUUUCUUGUCCGUAAUUGGAAAACCUAAAAUACUUUGGGAAAUGUCCCACAUAUUUAUUUUUCCCAAGAUUAAACCUUUGAAUUUGAUUACUAUGCAUUAGCCUUCUUGUUUGAUUUAA